AUGGCACAUGCGCUCACGAAUCCCUUCUCCGAGCCCGCCUCGACAUCGUCCGGCCUCUGGACCCGGCUGUCCACAAGAAGAUCCUCACCGCUGCGCUUCGUCCUCCGCCUCUCUCGUCGACCCAACGCAGCCCUCUGCCCGUGUCUGGAAACGACCCUCACCUCUCCCAGCGGCACCUUCACCAUCACCCGCAUCCUCGAUCCGGAACACCGUACGCCGUACAUCACCCUGUCCCCGAUCUUCCUCUCCUCCGGUCUCACGCCGAUCCAAGGUCUUCUCCGGUUCGCCCUCCCCCCGACCUCUUUCGACCUCAGCUUGGCGGGCCUGGAACCCUUCGACGACUUCUGGGUCACCCUUCCCGUCGCACGACGUAUUGCCUCCGACCUCACCCUCCUACCCUCCCUAGCUGCGAUAUUGGACCCCAAAACGUCCCUUGCUUGGAGCCUAGACGAAUUUUCCGAAGGGUUGAGUCACAAUUGGACCAUCCCUCCUGAGUGUGUUGCGCCGGAGAGGUAUAGUACCGAUGCAAUCACGCAGAGAGAGGUGCGGUUCGGAGGGUUGGAAAUGUUGCCCCGUGGCCAGGUGGUCAGGACGCUGGUGAGCGGCGAGCUGAGGGGGCGGGUGGAGAAGGAGGAGCGAGAAAGGAGGGGGAGACGGGAGGAGAGGAUGAGAGAGGCGUUGAUUCGGUGGUGUGCUCUGCUGUGGGGUGUGUGGUGGGAUGUCAGGGAGACGCUGGAUGGUGAAGGCGAGGGGAGGGACGGGAGGGUCAGGGCACUGUUGGAUGAUUUGAGGGAUUUAGUAGUGCCCCCGACACCCACGGAUACUCUGGAGUGGAUGCAGCUGAUCUCGCCUCUGAACGCAGAGGCGCAAAGUUCAACCUCGCCUUCGUCAACACAGCCACUGCAAGACGAAGGAGUGCUUUCCCCGCUACGGCAGGAAGAGCUGGCGGAUCAGCGGUCGAAGGAGAUCACGCUCGGCGAGAUGCUCGUCCCGUACACCGCGGAUGAUCCGGACAAGAUGGUGGCCAGACUCGAGUCCAUCCUCAGAGCAAAGAUGGCGAGCUUGCACCACAUGACGCUGCUCUCGCUCCCCCAUCUUUCCUCUUCGGAUGCGCAGGGCACGGACCCUCAACAUGCUGGUGCUCUCGAUGAAGAGACUGACGAAGCAUCAAAGGCGGUUGGGUUUCGCCACGCGCGACCCACAGAAGGGCGCAGCGACGAGGUGCAGCAGCUGCACACCAAGGUGGAUGACCUGACGUCGAAGCUGGACUACUUGGUCGCAUCGCAGAGCUCUCCGCACCGGCCAAGACAACUGCCGGUUUCAACUUCAGCUGCUUCUCGGGGCCCUUCCCUCACCGCAACAGAAUCGAUCCUGGCCGCCCCGUCCGCGGUCAUCUCAAACCUGAUCGACUCCAUAUCCACACUGCGGCUUCCACACAUCAUCAUCAUCGCCAUCGCCAUAGCAUCCUGUAUCAUUAUCAAAAGCCCAUCCUAA